GAAGUGACAGGGCAGACAAGCUGAUAUGCUCCCUAGACCGUUAAGGAGGCCUCUGUAAUGUAUGACAGCUAAGUCAGCAUGGAGACAGUCGUCCCAGUGGCCUGUCCUGAAGCACCGACACACACACACACAAACACACACGCACUCAAAGACAAGCUGACUGAAAGAGAUCAACACACACACACAACACUGUAGCAGCAGGAUGGUCACAAAUCCUCCACCAGAAACACAGACGACCACCAAGGCCAUGUAAGUCUCUUUAAUUUAACUUCUGUCAUGAAAUAUGCCCUGACCAUGUGUUGGGGGAAUGUGUUAGCGAAAGUGGUUUGCAUGUUAGUUGGACGGCGUCACGUGUUGGCUUGUGGCGUGACGCAUGCCAACACAGACCUUGUUAGGAAAGCAGAAGCCACCUGAUAGCGCCGCACGCACCUUCACGCCAAGUUGGGCUCCGAGACGCCCUCUCUCCGAUGGUCACCGGUGCAGAAGAUUGAAUGUCAGCACCGAGGCUUCGCACGGACGCUGUGUUUAUUAGUGUUGUUGUUGCAGCAGCGAGCCUGUGGUCACUCUCAUGCUGACAUGAAGCGUUUAAUCACGUCUCUGGGCUUCGCGUUUAAGGGCCACGGAGGAGCUGUGUGGCUUUGUGACUUGUCGUCAGUUGAAACUUUUUCUCUACCACGACUUCAGACUUUCUCUGACAUGAGUCAUCUAAACUGUCAUGCACGUGAUUCAAGUGCAGUUUAACAAAGGAUUAGAGUGAAUUAUUGGUGUGGUGACAAGGAGUCUUAUAGCUGAGGACAUAUAGCUGUCUCCCACAGUGGAGCCCCGGCCUUAUAUGUGUAGGUGCGGCUGCCGCCAUGGUGGAAGCCACUGUGCCUUCAUCCGUAAGCGGGGAAAAUGAGAUGCUGGCAGGUUGAGGAGGAGGUGGAGGAGGAGCAGAGGAGAGAUUAGCUGAAGCUGUGAGGUUAUGCUUCUCUGUGCUGAUGACUCACCUCAAAGCACAUGGAGAGAAAGCACUGCGACAGCACCAAGGUGCAACUCUGCGUGUGUGUGUGUGUGUUUCAUUACUCUUCCUGGUGCAGUGUAUUCAUGUGAGGAGGACUUUCUCUGUGAACUUCCUCUUUGUUUGGUGCAAAAGUAAUAAAUCACGACGUUAUAGUGGCAGCAGUUCUUAGGGCGUUCGUCCAGGAUCGUCUCCUCGGGGAGACCCACAAAGCAGCUAUUGCCGUGCAGGAUGAAGUGGACAAUGGAGUAUAAGGACACGGGAAAAAGAAGGGCAGCCCCGUCUGUCCUAUUUGGUGGAUGGAAAAAUGGCUCUUUAGCGUGUGGCGUGAUGAGUGAAGGGCAAUGACGUGCCGGGAACAGACAUGAUGGUGAGAAAUGCAGUGCAGUGUGGGAAGAAAGUGCUGCAGUGAGGUGUGUGUGGGGAUGCAGUGGGCCUCGGACUGCACCACAGCCACUGACCCACUGCCGCCUGCUUCCCCACUGACACACUGCUACUGCAUCCCAUAAAACGUGUGCGUCCACAGACGAGGGAGGGGAGAGGUGGCUGAUGAGAGUGUGUGUGUCUGUCCACAGCACUUCCUCCUUCCACUAAUGAUGCCUGUGUCUCGCAUGUCUGAUAAUGUGGAGCCGUCAUGUCUGGUUAUGCAGCACAUUCACCUGACUGCUGAGGUGACAGGAUGCUGGUAGCUUCGUUAGAGCGGAGAACAAUGCUGAUGAUUUCAUUAACAACAUGUUGGAAGCCUUCACUGCCUGUCCACCGCUGUGACUCACUGGGCCCACUGUCGACUACAGUAUGUGAGGAGUGACUCACAGGCACAUCAUACCUCUGGUUCUUGACCAGGCACAGCAGGUCCAAAGUGGUCACUGUGAUGACUUUACUACUGAGUCAUACAUUCCCAUGAAAACAUACUUUGUUAUUUGGCUGUUUUGUCCACGUGCUAACAGUUGUAAUGGACACUAUUUGAAAGCUCUGCUGAUAUUCUAGUGGAAUUCCCGGAUAUCCCAGCGUUGCUGUCUGGUGUGACGUUAUUGGCACGGCUUGUUUUUGUUUCUCUGCCCCCUGGGCACUGUACAAGUAACAUCCGACUCACGACCGGGAUCGGUUCCGACCAACCGGUCGUAAGUCAGCUUGGACCUAAGUCGAAUGCCAUUCAAAAUAGCGUACGCGAGGGUUAUAGGUGCUACUGUAGUGGUAGAUCUCUGUGUGAGAGUGAGAUGCUGGGAUACUGUGCUGCUGUAACUGUCGUACGCAUUGUCGGGCUGCUAAGUGCUGCUGACAUUGAAUAAAAAAUCUGCUGGCCGUGGUCGUAAGUACGCGUGGACGUAAGUCGAGCAGGUCGUAAGUCAGAUGUUACUAGUAUCAUAUCAGGCUUUAAUGUGACUAGUGAUGUGUAAUUACCACUUUUUAACAAUGCAUAUAAUGGGUGGCCAACUGGUUAAAUGCUAAGCACCUCACUUUAUUUAUUGUGUUACAGCAAAGAGCUACGUCCUACAAAUAUGUAGGUAUGGCAGACAAGGCUGUAAGGCUCACCUGGAAACCUAGUCUGUAUGGCGGUUAAAGCACAUCCCUGUGUGUCACAAAGCUGUCCGUUCGUGUCCGGCGUAUGCCUCUUGUGCAUUUAUUUUUAAGACUAAUACAUUUUACCGUGAUCCUCUGAAAUAUUAAGCGCCAUUUAUCAUAUUUAGACAUUUUUUUUACGUGGCUCAUGCCACCAGUAACGUCACCCGGGUCUGUGUGUGUGUGAGCGACGCUGCACUCCACUGAAUUAAACAGACUUCACGUCAAUCAACGAUGAAUAAUACGCGAAAAACACAUGCCAUACGUUUAGUUUAGGGAAUGACAAAGUGAAACUAAGUAAUGUUAUUUUGUCUUCUGAUGACAGUCCAGGUAUGAGGAGCGGCUUGGUGCUCGUGAGGCGAGGCAUAUUGUUUAUGUUUAAAAAAUAUUCAAAGUCUUCGAACGAUAUUUUGAAAUUUCGCAGAAAAAGCUCAUAUCUUUUCGACUUAUUUGCCGUAUAAGCAGUUCGGCGACUCCGUGGCUCCUUUGGUAAAGAGCUGCAUGAAACUGACCAAAGCUGCAGGGCUGAAGAGCCGCAGGUUGGCCAGGCCUGGCAUAUAAUAUGAUAUAAGACACAUUUUAUCUAGCCCAAUCUCAUGUCACCUACAGACAUUGGGGCUCUCUUGUUACUCUGCUUUCUUCCUAGCAAACAAUUCAACUAUUUUUUUUAAAUCCACAGAGGCUUCCCCCUAAACCCCUGGAACAUCCAUAUCACUAAGCUGAAAGUUGCAUUUUAUAACGGAAUGGAGGGACAUUAGCUUAGCAUCACUUAAUGCAGUUGGGGGGAAAUACUUUCAAUCAUGCAUAGAGCACUUCUGUGUCAUAGGUGCACACAUUUUUAGCAAUGUCGGCCACCGAGGGAUUUGCUCCCCUGCUACAGGCUGCGGCGGGUUCAUGCUCGGCCUGCUUGACUGGACGUUAGAAUUCUUCGAGGCGGUUGUUGAGGUCAUUUUUUCUCCAGCUUGUGUUUUGUUCUAAUUAGCAAAUCUGAUAAUCCUAUUAGCUCACCGUGCUUGUAUCAGCCUUUGUUCAAUUCAAGAACUGGUGGUUUGCUCAGCGUUUUUUUUGUUGUGCGUGUGUGUGUUGUCCAUCUGCUCCAGACGGCUUGUGCUGUUUGACAGAGCGUGACGUAAAUCUGUCUGUGUGUGUGUGUGUGUGUGUGCGAGGGAGAAGUGCACUUCUGUGUCCAGGUGAGUAGGCGGCUCUCUUCUCCACCACUUCAAAGUCUAGACUAAUCGACUUACUCUCCAGCUUAGAUCGGCACCAGUGUGUCAGUCCAUUGACUGAAAAACAACUCACGCUCACCUCUGCUUGCAAAUGACGGCUGACUCAGUGUUUGUGUGAGCGCAAACUGGCAAAAAAAAAAAAAACCUGCUUGAAGUUAAAAGACAUUGAAUGUUUGUGAAUAUACAGUGGUUGUUUCCUUUAAAGGCUGAUUCUGUUUGCUGUGUCAAAUCAUUAGAAAUCAAUGGAGCAAAUGUGAAGUCAUUGUGAUAGACGGUAACGGCAGGAGAGCGCCUGCGGGGUUUAAUGUAACCAUUAUCUUCAAAACAGCAUCAGCACCAGUAAUAAACAAGGCGACUCAGAAUGUGCUUUGUAAGCUGUGGCUAUGGCUUUGAGAACGACAUGAUGGUGUGGACAUAAAACCAGUCUGAGUCAGUAAAAGUUGAUUUCCUUUUGGGUUAUUGGUGCACACCUGAGGACUAUGAUGUCAUGUGACAACACCUAAUAAUGCAAAUGGUUUCUGGUUAAAUACGCAAAAAAAAGUGUUUUUCAUAUUUGACACCAGAAUGAUGGCAUGUCCACACUAGCUUAAACAUCAUGGUGGACAUUGCUGCAUAAGGUGCAAAGAACAUUUUUCAUGCUUAUACACUGAAGUUUUUCUUAUAACUUACAUUUUUCCAUCCAUCAUCACUCUCAUUGAUGAUGACAUCACAAUGUUUAAUGUGGUGCAUCUAGAACAUGUGCAUGUAAAUUCGUGUGAAUUGUGUAAACCGAUUCAUUUCUUUUGUGUGUAACUAAUCCGUCUAACUAAUAAAUCUAAAUAAGUCCUGGCCAUGUUGAAAACUUUUCAAAAUGUUCACAUGAAAGUGCAUCAGUUUUGGGGGGGAAAUAGACUUUCCAUCUAUCUUCUGUUUAGAAUGCAAUUUUGGACUGAAUAUGUAUUUGGAUCAGCCAGAAUGCCCAUCACUAAUACAGAUCACUGAUACAGAUCACAUAAUAAUAAUAACAAUAAUAAUAACAAUAAUAAUAAUAAUAAUGCGACCUUCUGUGUACAUGACGUGAAAAAACGAAUGCUUUGCCUGAUACCAAUUCAUUGACGGAUUCGGUCGUUUCCAUCUUUGUCGUUUCUAUCUUUGUCAUUUCCAGGAUGUUUUUUUUUUUGGUUUUUGCAAUAUUGACUAAUAAAUAAGAGGGAAAAUACAUUUUCUUAAAAGGACAUCAUAAUGGAAAAGCAAAUUUAGCUGCACAAAAAAGUAGUAAAAUAGUAGCUGAAUAAAUAAAAACAUGACAACAAGUACUUUCUCCAGAUGAAGUGGCGCCAGCCUUGUUGUUUGGUCGUCUUGCAAAGAUCAUCUCCACUAACUAGGGGACUUCACAGCAAAGAUGAGAGAAGUGAUACCAUGAAAGAGCUGUUUUUUCUCUUGGAACAGUCUCUCUCAGAAUUUAGGAUGAGACCUCAGUAAGAGUCUUGAUGGCUGUAAUUCAUCACUUUUUUUUCCUGCUUUAAUUCAUAACCACCAGUAAAGAAUGCACCUCUUGAAUAGACAAUGGAGACUAAAGAAUGGAGCAAACAUAUAUGACCUUGGGAGCAGCAAGCCGCACUGAAAAAGAAAAAACAGCAUUAGGUCCACUGGCCAGGAAAUGUGCUGAUGAAGGCCAUGAGAUGUGGAUGAAUGCUCCGGGAAAUUUCCACCAAGUGGUGCAUGACGUUCAUCAGCAGACGAGGUUAGUGAGACUGCUGUGAGGUGAUAAAUAGCUCCAAGUGCCCUUUAUUAUGUUUCCUUCGGGGCCGGAAAUCCUUGGCUGCACCGCUGAUGCUUCAGCUAUCGAGAUACAUCUCGACAAAACAUCGAGUAAAAAACAAACAGUGUGGUGACUCUUGGUUAGGAGUAAAGCAUUAAACCAGAGUUUUCCCGCGGGCACUCUGGUUUCCUCCCACACACUAAGGCUAAUUGAUGAGUCUAAACUAGCUGUAUGUGAGAGUGACUGCCCAGAUUGACUGGUGUCUCCUGCAUGUUGCCCUAUGUAGCUGGGAUAGGCUUCACAAUGUGACUCUUUUUCAUAUAUAGUGUAAAGCCAAGCCACAUGCAGUCAUCUGAGUGGGGAUGCUUCUUUGAGGAAAUGGCUGGAUAAUUUGGCAUCUACACCACUGGGCCAUCUAGGAACCUAUCACGAUUUACCGCUGAAAACAAUCCGCACAAUGACAAUUUGACUCACAGUAGAUUCGAUAAACACAAGUGUGAGGCAGACUACUCGUGCCUUCCAGCUCUUUUUCCAAAUUCACAUAUGUGACCACGAUGAGACCUCCAUGACGUGGCCCCCACUCUUCAUAGUUUUUAAGACAAGAAACUGUCAAUAUUGACAUCAGUAAAUACUGAGACUCUGUGUCAGUGUUGGUUUUGUUAGACCCAUUCAGCUUUCUGCAGCAUUUCAUGCGGUGCUUCCCGCAGCGCUGCAGCACCGGGACAAACUGCUCCGAGUCUUGACCACAUUCACCCAAAUAAAUCGUCACGUCUCAACAACAUUUAGAGACAAACUCAAGUGAUGCAGGGAACAGAGCAUAUCCUUUCAAUGCAAAACAGGCUUUCAAGACAGAACAUAGUGUCAGACACAGAAUGUUUAUUAUUGUUUUCGCCAGAAGGGCAGUUUGGAGUGAAGGUUGUCCCAUUCAAUCUGGUCCAACAAGAUAGAUUCUGCCAAUUACUAGAACCUGUUUGGCUGGUCGUGAUUGGAAAUGGGUCACACAGUCACUCGAAGUCGGCUGUAUUGAGACCUUUGUCGGUUGACAAUGAAAACAGGAGCAUAUGCAUUAAAACCGCAGUAAAGAAACUUCUCUGUGAGUAACAAUCCAGCUAUAAAUGUGUGCUUUCGACGGGGUUAGGUAUCUUAAAUCUAAACCAUGGCAGAAGGGCUUUUCCUCCUCUAAUUCUCCAUGCAUGUAAGUAUUUAUUGAAGUCGUAACUACUGCAUAAAUCAGAGUUUAGGACUGUCUGACAUCUGUGCUCUGAGUGCCUCCCAACUUGUGUACCAAAUCACCCUGGAGACUAGUCGUUUCCAGAAAGACAGUUACUGUAGCGAAAAAAUGUGCCAGAAAAAAAACUCUAGAGAAAUUAAAGGCUCGUGUAAACGUUAAAAAUCCAAGUUCAUUCCUGGAUGGAGGGUUGAUUUUACUGUUGUAAAACCGUUUUCUGGCCCAAAUAUUCGAGGACAUCCACCUGGCUCCGCUACAAUGACUGUGGGACAUUUGCGUGUGUGAUUUCACCAACACUAUCAAAGACGGAAUUUGGAUUUCCAACAGAGAUGCUUCGACUGAGCAUCAGUCCCUCCUCCCCCCCUCCUCUCCCUCUCAGUCUCUCCCCUCUGACUACACUGUACACACACUGUCUUCUCUACCUCACACACGCGCGCACACGCGGACGCUGGACGCUGCAGCGUUUUUCACGGAGUGUUUCCAACCCUGGAGAGGAAGGAGGGAGGAGGAAAAGGAGAAGAAUGUCCACAUCCUGACCGGUGCUGACAACACAUACUGAGGCAGAGACGCGCGGGAGGUGGAGGAGAACACGUCGGAUGGACCUGGGAUGUGUUCGCGGGCGCUGAAAGACGGUCAGAGUGUCAUUGCAGACAUGGGUCGCGGCGGUUCGACACCUUCCUCUCGGCUCCUCGGGGAGUGUUUUCACUGUCAGUCCUUCAGCGCUGCUGGAAAUGGCGAUGUGAUGUUGAGCUCGGAAGACGCAGCGGAGGCGGAUGCCAGGAAAUAGAGACAUAUAUGAUCACCUGCGCGUUUCUUUGGGUUGGAUUUUUAGUCGCGGUGGACAGUACCAUGGUGAAUUACCAGAAAUACAUUACUGUUAUGCAGCUUGCUCUGGGGGUGACCGCCUCCAACAAAGAACAUUGUCUCCCUCCCAGGAAGCGAAUGUGGAUACAUCCCAGCCCGACUGCUGGCUCCGUCACAGCCGCCUCCUCAGCGAGUACCGUUCAGGGCAAGCCGUCACUCCGACGCAUCAAGGGCCGAAUUCACCGGAGCAAGAGCCUGGACAGCAUCGAUUUGCUGGACUCCAAUAGCGCAGCUAUGGAGGAGACUGUCAUUUGGGAACAGCACACAGUUACACUACACAGGGCACCAGGGUUUGGCUUCGGGAUAGCCAUAUCAGGAGGUCGGGAUAACCCUCAUUUUCAGAGUGGCGAGACCUCCAUUGUCAUCUCCGAUGUAUUGAAAGGCGGCCCGGCGGAAGGCCUUCUUCAGGAAAAUGACCGGGUCGUGAUGGUCAACGCGGUCUCCAUGGAUAAUGUGGAGCAUGCGUACGCAGUCCAGCAGCUCCGCAAAAGUGGGAAAAUUGCCAAAAUUACCAUCAGACGGAAGAGGAAGGUACACGUCCCAAUGGGUCGCCUCGGGGAACGGGAAACUAUGUCAGAGCACGACGAGGAAGAGGACAGCUAUGAUGAAGAGAUCUACGAGACGCGGAGCGGACGCAGUGGUGCCUACAGUGGAGUGGGCGGCGCAAUUGGCAGACGCAGCGGAAGAAGCAGCGGGCGAAGAGACAGAGAACGUGAACGAAGCGGAUCACGGGAGAGGAGUCUUUCCCCGAGGUCCGACCACCGCUCGCACAACUUACCUCCACGUCCUGCUAAAGUUACGCUUGUCAAAUCCCGCAAAAAUGAAGCAGAAUAUGGCCUGCGCCUGGCCAGCCACAUCUUUGUCAAGGACAUCUCCCCUGAGAGCCUCGCAGCACGGGACGGCAACAUCCAGGAAGGGGACGUCGUAUUGAAGAUAAAUGGCACAGUUACGGAAAACCUCUCCCUGAUAGAUGCUAAGAAGCUGAUAGAAAGGUCGAAGGGCAAGCUAAAAAUGGUUGUUCAGAGAGACGAAAGGGCAACCCUCCUGAACAUCCCUGACCUCGAUGACAGCAUUCCUUCAGCCAACGCCUCGGACAGAGAUGACAUUUCAGAUAUCCAUUCUCUGGCGUCAGACCAUUCCAAUCGAUCACAUGAAAGACGUCGUAGCAGUCGCUCUCGAUCCCCGGACAGAAGAUCUGAACCUUCGGAUCACUCCAGGCACUCACCACCUCAAAUCAGCAACGGCAGUUGGAGAAUACCUCACAGAAGUCGCGAUGACGAGCGAGUCUCAAAAGCAGCUUCCACGCCAGCAAAGGUAGCAGAGGAAGUUCCUCUUCCCAAACCCAAGGAGCCGGCGAUCGCCAGAGAGGAGAAACAGCUUCCACCACUUCCAGAGCCAAAGCCGGUGUAUGCUCAGCCGGGACAGCCAGACGUGGACCUGCCAGUUAGUCCCUCUGAUGCCCCAGUGCCAAGCGCUGCCCAUGAUGACAGCAUCUUACGGCCAAGCAUGAAGCUGGUGAAGUUCAAAAAGGGGGAGAGCGUUGGGCUCAGGCUGGCUGGAGGGAAUGAUGUGGGCAUCUUUGUCGCUGGAGUACUUGAGGACAGCCCGGCCGCGAAGGAAGGCCUGGAGGAGGGUGACCAAAUUCUCAGGGUAAAUAAUGUUGAUUUUGCAAAUAUAAUUCGAGAGGAGGCGGUGCUGUUCCUUCUUGACCUCCCUAAAGGUGAAGAGGUGACCAUUCUGGCCCAGAAGAAGAAAGAUGUCUAUCGUCGGAUCGUGGAGUCCGACGUUGGCGACUCCUUCUACAUCCGGACCCACUUUGAGUAUGAGAAGGAAUCUCCGUACGGGUUAAGUUUUAACAAGGGCGAGGUGUUCCGGGUCGUGGACACACUCUACAACGGCAAGCUUGGCUCCUGGUUGGCUAUCCGCAUCGGCAAAAACCACCAGGAAGUUGAGCGAGGGAUCAUCCCCAACAAAAACAGGGCUGAGCAGCUGUCAAGUGUUCAGUACACUCUUCCAAAAACAGCGGGAGGCGACAGGGCCGACUUCUGGAGGUUUCGUGGUCUUCGCAGCUCCAAAAGAAAUCUUAGGAAGAGCAGAGAAGACCUUUCCUCACAGCCAGUUCAAACAAAGUUCCCAGCUUAUGAGAGGGUCGUUCUGAGAGAGGCGGGCUUCUUGAGACCUGUCGUCAUAUUUGGUCCUAUCGCCGAUGUUGCCAGAGAAAAGCUCUCCAGAGAAGAACCUGAUCUGUUUGAGCUUGCAAAGAGUGAGCCAAGAGAUGCUGGAACAGACCAGCGCAGUUCAGGAAUCAUCCGUCUUCACACAAUCAAGCAAAUCAUUGACAGAGACAAACACGCUGUGCUGGACAUCACGCCCAACGCUGUAGACAGACUGAACUACGCUCAGUGGUACCCCAUCGUCGUCUUCCUGAAUCCUGAUAACAAACAGGGUGUAAAAAACAUGAGGACCAGACUGUGCCCCGAGUCCAGGAAGAGUGCAAGAAAGCUGUACGAGCGAGCCAUCAAGCUGAGGAAGAAUAACCAUCACCUCUUUACAACUACCAUCAAUUUGAACAACAUGAACGAAGGCUGGUACGGCGCUCUCAAAGAGACUAUUCAGCAACAGCAGAACCAGCUGGUGUGGGUGUCGGAGGGCAAGGCCGACGGCACCACGGAGGAUGAUCUGGACAUCCAUGACGAUCGCCUGUCUUACCUCUCAGCCCCCGGCAGCGAGUACUCCAUGUACAGCACUGACAGCCGACACACCUCUGAUUACGAAGACACGGACACGGAGGGCGGCGCGUACACCGACCAGGAGCUCGACGAGACCCUCAACGACGAAGUGGGUCUACCCACGGAGCCCGCCAUCACCCGCUCUUCUGAACCUGUUCGAGAAGACCCUCCCGUCAUUCAGGAUACGCCCGGUUACCCUGGAUACCAGCACCCAGUGCAACCGGACCCAGCUGGCCGCAUGGACCCCACUGGGUUCAAGAUGCCCUCUCCACAGCAGCAAGAUGAGGCUGCUCUGCCCCUGCCCUCGUUGCCUCCACCGGUGGUAGCGCCCCCUUCUGUUGAGCAGCCUGUACAGCUAGAGGGUACGCACCUAGAGGAGCCGUCAGCUUCAGCCGCUGUUCCUCAGGCUGAAUCACUUAGCAGCCCCAGUCCUGCCCCUGAGCUUAUUCAGCCCCUGCCUCCACCGCCACCACCUCCACCACCACCACAUGAACCCCACCCAUCUGGACUUCCUGGUCCAGAACCAAAGAUGUACAAGAAAGAAUUGUACAACAUGGAGGAGCCGGUGAGGAUCAACCACGGCAUGAAGCAGUCGAUGAGCUACAGUCACCAGCCGCUGUACCAGGACAAACAGCCAUACCGUGAUUAUGACCACCCGCCUUACGGUUACGACGGAGGGGGCUACCCUGAACCAAAGCCUCACAACUCUGACUCUCAUCUGCACUACGAGAGCCGUGUGCCUCAUUACAAUGACCAGUGGCCCCACUACGACCAGCAGACCUCGUCCUCCCAGCCUGCAGGGUACCAGCCGCCCGUCAGCUACAAUCCCCGGUCACCUUACGAGGACGGACCGGGGCGGGACUAUAGCCCCCCUCAGUCACGUUAUGACGAGGCCUCACCCGUGGGGUACGACGGCAGACCUCGCCACAAACCCGGGCCCAUCCGCUAUGAUGAGCCGCCUCCCCCUCCACCCCCCGGAGGCUACGACGCACGCUCUCCUUAUGAAGCCGAACCUCACGGCUUCUCCAUAAACUCACCCCGAUCACCUGAACCCCCCAAGCAGUAUUUCGGAGACUCGGGUCUGAGGUCCUCCUACAUUCCUGGGCCUCAAACCCGCGCCUAUGGUAAACCAGGGAUGCACGAGACGAUGAUGAACUCGGAACCAGCCAUUCCUCCUCCCAAACCAGAGCCGAUGACCUCUCCAGGUGAGCCUGUAGUCACCCCAGGCUCUAAACCUCUCCCACCCCCUCCUCGGGAAGAGCAUGAGGAGGACCCGGCCAUGAAACCGCAGUCGGUCCUCAACAGAGUCAAGAUGUUUGAGAAUAAACGAUCAGUGUCGAUGGACCGGGCCAAAGAGGGCGAUUCGUCAGUGCUGAGGCCUGCAGAUGUUCCGAAACCGGCGAGUGCACCUGGUCCAGUUCUCAAAGCAAACUCCCUCAGCAACCUGGAGCAAGACAAGUCCAGCUAUCGAGCACCGGAGCCACAGAAGCCACACAAGCCACUCGACGACAUGGUGCGCUCAAACCACUACGACCUGGAUGAGGACGAGGAGUACUACAGGAAGCAGCUGUCCUACUUUGACCGACGGAGCUUCGACAGCAAAGCCAUGGGCCAGCCCGGUCCUGGUGUCAACCGCUUCCAUGACCUGCCCAAACCAUCUCAGCUGUCGUACCCGUACAACAGAGUGGAGUCUGUCGAGAAAGUCAGUCCAGUGGAGAAGCGGUAUGAACCCAUGCCACAAAUGGGACCACCGUCACAAUAUGGGCCACCUGCUGUCCCCCCAAGCACGCUACCCAAACUCAGCCCAGUUGAUGUGAACUCUAUACCUGAGCCGCUGGGUUCCCCUAAUCCAAAACCGGAUCUGGCAGCUCUCAGACCAUCCAGCAGGGAUGAAACGGCACUGGUUGGCUACCUUCCUCCCAGGGGUCUCCCAGACAAGUCCCCAGUCAACGGCACCGAUGCGGCUCCCCCGAAGACCUUGGGUGCUCCAACUCCAAUGAGUUACAACCGCUACGUCCCCAAACCGUACACCAGCUCUGCACGGCCCUUUGAGCGCAAGUUUGACAGCCCCAAGUUCAACCACAACCUGCUGCCCAACGACACACAGGUGAAGGGAGACCACCUCAGCAAGCCCAACAGCGUGGGUAAGCCUCAACUGUCCCCUCAGCCUCUGGACCAUGACAGCGGCCUGGACACCUUCACGCGCACUAUGGACAGCAGGCUCAAAUACCAGCACAACAACAUCAACGCCAUCCCAAAGGCCAUCCCAGUCAGCCCGAGCGCACUGGAUGAUGAUGACGAAGACGAAGGGCACACGGUGGUGGCCACGGCCCGCGGUAUCUUUAACUGUAACGGAGGAGUCCUGAGCUCCAUCGAGACAGGAGUCAGCAUCAUCAUCCCCCAGGGAGCCAUCCCAGAGAGCGUGGAGCAGGAAAUCUACUUCAAGGUGUGCCGGGACAACAGCAUCCUGCCCCCCCUCGACAAAGAGAAAGGAGAAACGCUGCUAAGUCCGUUGGUGAUGUGCGGCCCUCACGGACUGAAGUUCCUGAAGCCGGUGGAGCUGCGCUUACCUCACUGUGCGUCCAUGACCCCUGAUGGUUGGUCUUUUGCUCUAAAAUCCUCCGACUCCUCGUCGGGUGAUCCGAAAACUUGGCAGAACAAAUCCCUCCCUGGAGACCCAAACUACCUGGUGGGUGCAAACUGCGUGUCUGUGCUCAUCGACCACUUCUGAAGCGGGAAACAGCUGGUCUGUUACUGAAUGUGAUGAACUGGACUCACCACACCGGAAGAGGCUCAUCCUCACCUUGUUUACUGUGCCCGAGAGUUUGGUUGUUUCUUAAAGGAAGACAAGAACACAAGGGGAGAGGGAGGAGUGGAAGCUGCACUUCUAUCCUUUCAUUUUCGUCGGUGCUUUCAAGGCUUGCAAAAAAAAAAAAAAAAAAAACAAGAUGAACAACGGAACAGAGUUGGGAAUGCAUGACCAGUGCCACAGACUGAGGAAUCGUCGUUUUUAGCCAGUUUUCUAAAAGACCAGAGCAGUGAGAGAAAAAGAAGAAUUUUGGAAACUCUUUUUUUGUGUAUUCUUAAAAAAAAAAAGUAAUAAAACUCACAAACAGCAAAGUUGAUAUAUGCAAAACUUUUGUUUGUGAGUUCUCGGGUCAUGCGGGAGGAUGCGAGGACUUGCUGAGCCCGGGUUGUGAAGGAAGGAAAAGAGGAUGAAGGUUUGUUGGGACUGAGCACUCACCAGGGUUCUCCCCAGCGCUUUGGCAGCAUAGGGGCACCCUGCGCUGGGAUUUUCACCCCCAGCUGUUUUUGUCAACAUAUAGGGAAGUGUGAUGCAAUGUCAGCACUCCCUCGCCGUCUGUGGAGCAGGACGUCGUCCGUCUGUCGCCCACUCCCCCCCUACGCUGCUCAAAAAUCCUGGGGAGAACCCUGCUCACUCUUUCAAACUUUUUGUAGCAAAGUUUUACUGUAGUUAAAUAUACUGACUUGACUUUUACAAACUCGUGCUGUCUAGAGAUCUAUGCAUGUGCUACGACUCAGGUCCAGACGCCUGCUACUACUAAGUUCUACACAUGAGAAUCCCAUCGACACUGCGAGCAGUGAUGCCUUAUCUGCAUAUUAACUUUUCAGUCAAACGUUCCCACGUCAGAUCCCUGGGUUUCAGCGGUCAAAAGUUGCAUUUCUCUCCUGAACUAGGACUUCAGCGCGCGCACACACACACACACACACACACACACACACACGAAUAAUUGAGGCUGAUGAAACGGUUUGCUUUCUUUUACUGCUAUGCAUAUGACGUCUGAGGAAAUGGAUUGAAAUUAAAAAAAAAAAGAAGCUCGAGGAUGUUUAAAAUUGUGGCUGUACAUAACGCUAGCACAUGGCCUUGGUUCUCUGUAAAUUAACUUUUGUACAUCUUUGUUAUUUUGUAUAAAAGAGUAAAAAAAGUUUAUUUAAAAAGAGAAAGCGGUUACAUUGGUUUGUAUUCCGGUUUAAACCCCUGAGCCUUGGAACUGACACACGCAGUAAUAAGUCCGACUUUUCUACCAACACACUCACACGUUCACACCGACACUCUACUUAAGGCAUUUUUAUCUGUCAAACUUUUUAUUGUUAUUUACAAAACUAGAGAAGUGCUUGGUUUAAAAAAGAAAAAAAAAGAUGUGCUAGAAGGGGGGUCUGCUGCGGCCAGUGGUCCCUUCUUUAUUUGUGAUACUGGAUGCUGUAUUGUGUGCCCUGAAAUGUAUUUUUGUACUAAUAGACAAUUUAUUACGGCACAUCAGUACUAUUUUCUUUUGAUAUAACACGGCUUCAACCUGACACUUGUUUGUUUUCCUGUGUGCUGACAUUGUUUUUAUUUAUUUUAUGGAUUUUUUGGUUUCUGUUUCCUGUUUGCCACACACAUUUCUAAGUAUACACCACUGUAUUAAAUAAUAAAUUCAUUUUUAAAGUAA